AUGACAUCUGACUCUCAGAUUCUUCAUCAGAUCUCGGGGGUGACCCUGGAAUUCGACCAGAUCCCUGAACAACGGUUUGUACCAAAACCUUACAAAUUUGAUCCAGAUAAAUUUAGACGCAUUGAUGACAAGAUUAAAUCGAUGUUGUCAAAGGCCAUCAUUGAGCCUACUUGGCAUGAGCCAGGGCAAUUUAUCUCCAAUAUUUUCACCAGGGAUAAGAAGGAUGGGGAUAUUAGGGUCAUCCUUGAUUUAUCUGAGCUUAAUGAUGAUAUUACCUACCACCAUUUCAAGAUGGAAACCUUCCAAGCCGCCCUUGACCUUGUUUUUCCCAACUGCUUCAUGGCCUCUAUUGAUUGGAAAGAUGCCUACUUUUCUGUCCCAGUCAGGAAGGGGGACAGGAAGUAUCUGAAAUUUAUUUGGGGUGGUAAACUUUUUCAGUUUACAGCACUCCCCAAUGGGCUUAGCUCAGCUCCACGUAUUUUCACCAAAAUUACUAAGGUAAUGUUGGCGGAGUUGCGGAAGAGAGGCCAUCUCAUUACAUCGUUUAUUGACGACUCAUUCCUUGUAGGUGAUGAGAGCGGUUGUGAAGACAAUGUCAUGGAGACAGUGAAUUAUUCUGAAGAAUCGGGCUGGGUAGUUCACCCAGUCAAAUCUAGGUUCAAGCCUGCUCAACAGCGUAUUUUCCUUGGUUUCAUCAUCAACUCAGUGCUGAUGAUUGUGACUUUGACAGAAGAGAGAAUUCAAAAGAUGUCCACUGUGGUGGAGAGGCUUUUGAACCAGCGGGGUAGAGUUACUAUUAGGAGGCUGGCUGAAGCCAUUGGCUUGAUGGUUGCUAGUUUUCCAGCAGUGGAACUUGGGCAACUCUACUAUAGGACCUUGGACAAUUUCAAAACACUGUGUUUGAAGCUCAGUAGUGGCAAUUUUGAGGCAAAAUUUGAGAUCCCGCAGGUUUGUAGGGGGGAUUUGGCUUGGUGGAAGAGCAACAUUGCCACAACAUCAGCCCCGAUUACCAGGAGACCACCUGAUGUAGUUCUUACCUCUGAUGCAUCCCACAUUGGGUGGGGUGGCACUUGCCAAAAUAGGGAGACAGGGGGUAACUGGGGUCUAGAGGAACGUGCUAGGCACAUUAACCAGCUAGAGCUCAUGGCAGCGCUCUUCACCAUAAAAGCGUUCUGUACUGAUGCAUUUGAUCAGCACAUCCUUAUCAAGAGCGAUAAUACUACCACGGUGGUUUACAUCAACCAUAUGGGGGGUAGGAAGAAGGAGUGCAACGCUAUUGCCAGAGAGCUGUGGAUGUGGUGCACUGAGAGGAAGCUCUUUGUUACAGCUACUUAUUUGCCUGGUGCACUCAACGUGCGAGCAGAUGCACAGAGCCGUACGUACCAUCACAAUGGUGAAUGGUCUCUAGACUUUAUGGUAUUCAGCUGUAUAGCUGAAAUAUGGGGUAUGCCACAGAUUGAUUUGUUUGCUUCCCGGCUAAAUUACAAGGUUAAGCCUUAUUACUCGUGGCAGCCUGACCCUGACUGUGAAGCAGUAGAUGCAUUCUCAGUCUCAUGGGAGGGCAGGUUUGUUUAUGCCUUCCCACCUUUCUGUCUGAUUGGGAAAACGCUGAAGAAAAUUCAGGCAGACGGAGCAGUUGCGAUCAUUGUCUUCCCCUUAUGGCCGACACAACCUUGGUUCACGACACAGGGGACCACUCAUCAGCCACCCGAAUCCGGAAAAAGUAAACAAACUGCCGGGAAUGAGACUGGUGGCAGCCUUGGUCGGGGAUCAGGAGAGACUGAUGAGGAGCUCGAUCACAUUGCCAAGGACGUUCUUUCGGCAGCAUGGCGGGAUGGAACGAAAAAGCAAUACAAGGGUUACUUGCUUAAAUGGUUCACCUUUUGUAACGAACGGAACUGUGACCCCAUGGUUCCGGAUGUAAACCUAGCCCUACGUUUCCUGACUUCCCUAUAUAAAAAGGGACUGGGGUACUCAGCGAUUAACACCGCUAGGUGUGCUUUAUCGGGCAUUAUCACUGUUGAUGGAAAGCCGUUUGGGACUAUUUAUGUGGUGAAUAAGUUCAUGAGAGGCUUGUUUAAUCUUAGGCCUGCGCUGCCUAAGGCAGUGGUGACUUGGGACGUUUCUGUGGUUCUAGCACACCUCAGGUCUCUGUCACCGGUGACAGAGCUGUCCCUAAAACAGCUUUCCAUCAAAGUGGUAAUGCUCAUGGCAUUACUUACUGGGGCCCGGUGCCAGACACUGCAUCUAAUAGACAUCAGAAAUAUAUCCUUAUCAGAGACCGUAUUAAAGAUUCGCUUUGGUGACUUGCUGAAGCAGACAAGACCUGGGUUUCAGCAAGAAGAGCUUGUUAUCAAUGCUUAUGCGCCGGAUAGGCGGUUGUGUCUAUGUGCAGCUCUAUUGGAGUAUCUGAAGCGAACGGAGUUCUUGAGAGGCGAGCAUAAAAGCCUGUUUAUUAGCUCCAUUAAGCCUCAUGGACCAGUGGCUAAGGACACUAUAUCCAGAUGGGUGAAAGAGGUGAUGAAGGAAGCAGGUGUGGACACCGAUAUAUUUAGCCCGCAUAGUGUUCGGGGUGCGGCAACGUCUAAAGCCAAGCUAGCUAAGGUAGCCAUAGCUACUAUAUUGAAAACUGCAGGAUGGUCUGGGGAAGGGACAUUUGCUAAAUUCUACGAUAAGAAAAUUGUUCAUGAGGGACAAUUCGGUGAGGCUAUCUACAAGCAAUAG